GAGAACUCUGCUGGAGUCUUCGCGUGAAGUGAGAAUAUAUUAAAGGCCGUCGCUUCUACCACCGACGACUCAGUCGCAACAAUGUCAUCGGUGAACACGCUUUCACUCCUCGCCCUGGCCUUGGUCCAACUCUGCGUGCUGUCUGCACUGGAGGACACGUCUACAGAGAAAAACGAUGUCUUGACGGAGAAGACCGACGCGUUCGAGAUUUUGGCUGCCGUUACCUACGCCAUGGCUAUCAAAGACACGAAUACCAACCCGUCGUUCAAGUGCCUGACGGCGAAACGCAUCCUGUUCGACCCUAGUGGUCCGUCGGCCACGUACGAGUGGUCACUGAACGCAGGUGAUGGACAGCCAAGGAAGCAAGCAACGUUUUACUUCACACCAAGUGAUGCCCCCGACACUGCUACUGUCGUGGUGAACUCAGACACCAGCAGUCGGCAGACUGUUCGAUAUCCCUACACUGACUACACGACGUGCGGAAUUAUGGAAGUCAACUACGAAGGACAUCAUUGCACACUGUGGGUAAAAAACGCGACGGCUCCGAUUCCGGAAGAAUGUCACCAACAGCAUACCAAGAUCUGCGGAGAAGGCGUUUCUCUCUACGACAAAGAUACCUGCAGCAAGGUCACCGAAUAAAUAGUUGCAACGUAAAUGUUCUGAAGGGCGGAAAUAUGAUAAGCACAAUUAAAAUUCGAGUGCUACAAAAACAGUAUAGGUGAACGAAAUAAAGAGAAGUCACAAAAUUAUUCGUGUUUUCUUAGUGUGCG